AUGUUCCACGUGGCGAUCGCGUCUCACUUGACCAUACAAUCAACUCGCAGAAGGCCGAGCUGGCGGUGCAGGCUGCACCAUCAGGCGGAGUACACGUCCACACUCGAGGGCCCGGGUGCGAACUCGCGGAUGAACACGGAGCUCGACCCCCUGCGACAGCGUCGACCUAAACAUGUCGAAGAUCAUACUGGGAACGCUGCCGUACAGCCGUACACGUUGGACACACGGAGUAUUGAACCUGAUGCAGCAAUGGAACGCAUCAAACUUGCUCGAUGUGCGACAAAUACAGCAACGGUAUCCGGAGCUUUGAGGCCGCCUGCUAGAUUCAUGCCAUCAAGACAAUGCAACGGUCUCUCCGGAGCGGCGGCGAAGACCGCCGUGAUGAACAUGAUGCGUUAUAUCGCUGCACUAGUAUCCUUGAAGCAAUCUACAGCUUAG